UGAGGCAACAUCAGCACAUAUGAAGAAAGCAUGAAUACUGUGUAGAGGACUUUUAGUGCGAUAAUAGGCCCACAGAUUGCAAUAAAAUUAAAUUUUUUGGCAAUGUUUUAUUCAGAGUCAGAGUAUCGAAGCGCUACAUGGACAGUGUUUUGACAGGAACUUUGUAGCAGAGACCAUGAUGGCUUUUUGGACAUUAUUCAGGUGUGUGUGAACUACGAAAACAACGUAGGGGCUUCUAGCUUCCGUGAGCAGUUUAAUUUCAACGCUGAGCCCCCUUGGGAUCCUAGCUGAUAGCAGGAGAGGUCAGCGGCUGACCUGUCCCUUGGAUAUCGCUAGGACUCAAGAGCUCUGAGGGUUCUUCUAAAUAGGUGACCUGCUUUAUGUCGUCAGAACAUCGGAUUACUGAUGAGUAUGAAGGAAUCUCUGGAUGAACUGCACUGUUCGGUUGAGCUGCUAGAAGGAAGCACAGCUCUCUGUGAUGUCAUUGAUAAACACAUCCAAGAACAAACUCUUGCACAGAAAAGUGCGUUUUUUGUAGCUGAUCUUGGGGUGAUUGUGUGGCAGCAAGUUCGCUGGAGGACUCAAAUGGAGCAGUUUCGGCCUUUCUACACAGUCAAGUGCAACAGCAGCCCAGUGGUUGUUGAAAUCCUGGCUGCUCUUGGAACUGGAUUUGUUUGCACAAACAAGCACGACCUGGAUUUAGUGAAGGGUUUUGGCGUCCCAUCUCAGGACAUCAUUCUUGGUGGCAUGUGUAAGCAGCUCUCCCAUAUCAAACACGCUGCCAAACACAACAUCCCCCUGAUGCUGUGUGACAAUGAGGCAGAGCUGAGAAAGAUCGCACGCUGCCAUCCUAAAGCAAAAGUGUUACUGUUGUUGACAUCAGAGAUCUGUUGUGAAAGAGAGGAGACGAUCAUACCCUUCGGCUCCACACUAAAGGACUGCAGACAUCUGCUCGAGUGUGCCAAAGAGCUCAACAUCCACGUUACAGGAGUCAAAUUCAACAUUCCCAGCUGUUGUCAGGACACUCAGUCGUUCUCUCGUGCUGUAUCUGAUGCCCGCUGUGUCUUUGAUAUGGGGGAGGAGCUCGGGUUUGAAAUGAAUAUUCUGGACAUCGGAGGAGGCUUUGAUGGAAGUGAAGCACAGUUAGAAAAGGUUAACAGAACACUGAAGCCUAUGCUGGACAUGUAUUUCCCUCUCUCGACUGGUGUGUCAAUCAUCGCUGAACCAGGAGCUUAUUAUGUGUCUGCGGCUUUCACGCUGGCCGUGAAUAUAAUCGCAAAGAAAGCAGUGGGGCGGGAUUUCAUCGGCCAACCACACAAUGCACUGUCAGCAAACGAUGAGCCAGAGAUUCUCUACUACAUGAAUGAGGGUGUUUAUGGGUCUUUUGCCAAUAAGUUGUUGUGUGAAGAUUCUAUACCAGUGCCAUCACCGCACAAGGAGGUGGCAGCAGAAGAGCCGCUGUUCUCCAGCAGUCUGUGGGGGCCGUCGGAUGAUGAUCUGGAUCAGGUGCUGGAGAGAUGUUUGCUUCCAGAACUCACUGUGGGAGACUGGCUCCUGUUCAGCAAUGCAGGGGCCACGUUCACUAAUACAGAUGAACACAAACCGCCCAUCUUCUACACCAUCACUGAAUGCGACUGGAAUGAGAUUCAUAAUUGUGGUGUCACUUUGGACACAAGGAUGAAAAACUUCUCUUUGGUACCAUGUUGUCUGCAAUCAAGCAUGUCCAAGACAUCUAUUUCUACCCCAGCUUAAUAGAAAUCAACUUGGGUUUUAUUACAGUUAUUAAUAUUAUUUUGUAAAGGGUGAUUUUAAGUAGAGGUCGACCAAUAGUGGAUUUUGCCUAUACCGAUAACUAAGGUGGUGGAAAAGGCAGAUAACUGAUUAAUCGGCCGAUAGUUUUUAAAAUCGAUUCAUGGAAUGCCACAGUAUUUUCUUAGUCAGCAAGAGGCCAGAGUACAAAAUGAAAAAAAUCCCAGAUGUAGUUUAUUUUUCAACCAAUAAUAAUCAGAAAAAAAGAAGAUUGGGUACAUAACAUGGGACUUUUAACACGAGGACUCCUAUUUUGAAAUGACGGAGACAGAGAUUUACCAAAUUGAUGAUGUAUGUGGUGAUGAGGGACGUUUCCCCUCGUGAAAGGGGACGUUUCCUCUCGUCAAAGGGGACGUUUCCCCUCGUCAAAGGGGACAUUUCGAUGUUUCCCCUCGUCAAGGUCAAAAUUUCCUUUGCAUGCCCUCGCUUAAAUUUAAAAAACAUAAUUAUCAAAUGAACAUGAAGGAAUAAAAAAAAAACUAUCGACAACUAUCGACAUAGAGUUCCAAAAAGUAACUAUCGGCACCGAUUAAUCGGUAAAACUGAUAUAUAUCGGUCUACCUCUACUUAAGCGCUUAAGAACAUUCGGAAACCUCUGCUGUUGGAUUUGAUGGAGUGUUAUUGACCAUAAUGAAUGAAUAUUCAUUAGAACUGGUGGAUAUACAGCAAAUAGAUGGGAUUAGCUUGACAUUUACAAAUAUAAUAAAUUGUAUUUAAGUCCGCUGUAUAAAUAUAUACACAUUGCAUAUAUUGUUUCCUGUUAAAGUAAAUCAUGUACCCAACAGGGAAAAGUUAUUUAUUAAACCUAAAGUCUAGUUUCAUGAUAUCAUCAGAUGCUUUGCAAGAAAUUUGCACUUGUUUUUAUGAUUCAUAUUAUGAACGAUUAUGUACGUUUAGACUGGAUAAUGAUGAUGUUAGAGAUCAUUUGAAUCGGCUCAAUAAUAAGAUUAUUUAAGGAACGCAUUAUGAUUUUGUGGACAAAAUGCAAUAGAAUUAUGUACUUGAGCCGACUUUCUCAUGGGCCUGAAACAUACUUUGUACAUGUAUGUAUAACGCAUCGCAAGCGUGUGGUCCUUUUGUACAUAUUUAACUUGUGCUAUUGUGUUACUGUAGUGGUAACAAACGUCAGUGUUAAAGUUACUUUUAAAUAUCUGCCGUUAAACCAGAUAGGUUAUUAUUCAGUUAGCUAGUAAUUAACUUUAAAGUCAACAUGAACUGUUGUUCGCAACCAAUUUGACUUUCUUCAUAUAUGUAUAUUUCUGAGAAAAAAAAUGUUGGGCAAGAGUUGAUUUGGAAUAACCGUUAAUGCUUACGCUGCUAUGUCGCCCCCCUGUGGCGAGGCCGAGAAUGAAACGUGCACUUGCGUUGCUUUAUGGAUUGAGCACACAUUUUGGCACACCGGACACACGAGCUUGUGUAGUUAUACGUUUUUGCGUUCACAUGCUUUUUAGUGUUUUUCAGGCCUUAGUUGGUGCUUUUCUAAGCAAUAGUCUACAAACAUCGACUGCGGUAAGAUAUCAAAAGCAUUCUUUCAUGAUUACAUAAAUGUGUUAUGUCUCGUAAGUACGUCUGAGAAUGUGUUGAAGAUGGUUGGAGCAUGUGAUGCUGGUUGUUGUGAGAUGCUCUGUUGAGAGAUCUGUUGUAGAGGUUACUCAUUUGCUGCAGGAUCCUUAGACAAGUCAUGUGGUUUCUAGCCCCGAACCGUUGAAAAUAAUUUGUCAAAACACGAAAAGCGCAAGAUCAGAAAGUAAUUUAACAUGUUACGUGUGUUUGUUCCAUCAUUCAAUGUCAGGGCACAAACUACUGUACAGACUGUUUGCCAUUUACAGCAUUUGCAUCUUCUUAACAAAGUUGUGAUGUCAAUAAAAUGGUAUUUAAUGGUCUGUCAAGUCAUUUUCCUUUGAACUUCUGUGGUACAAUUGUAAUCACUUAUAUGAUAAAAAUGCAUUAUUGUUAACCCCCCUCCUAUUGCGUUCAGAAACUGCAUACACCUUUUGCAUUUGCGGGUCAAUUUUGAAAAGCUAAUAAAUCAUUCAUAACAUGAUGGUUUUCAUCUAAAACUAUUUUUAAGUCAUUAAUAAGUUCUUAACUGUUCAUACAUGUAAAAAUAUUUUAACUGACAAAUAUAAAAGUUAUUAAUAUGCAAUUUUUUAGAAAUUAUUAAAUGUAGAAAUUCUUUGACAUUUCAAAAUAUACAUUAACUACAGCUAAACCAGUGUGAUACAUGUGAAGACAUCUUUUUUAUCAACAUUUAUGUGAAAUUUUAUCUAAGUAGAACAUAAUAUAUAAUUUAUAUUAACAUCUAAUGUGAGAAUUACUAGAAAUUUGAAUGAAUUUCCUGGUCAGAAGUUAACUAAACAUCAUCAAAACAACUGUACAACUCAAUUAUACAACAUUAACACUUCUUUACUAUGUUUUUAUGCUAAAUAUACUCUAUUUAAUCUCAUGAAGUGUUGAAUGUUGAUGUGUGAGUUUGCUGUAAGCUGGUUCUGCAUCAGAUGACUGCAGAGUAAAAAUAUGAACAACUUCCUCUUUCAAGCCCUAUUUAGAUUAAUGUGUGCAUGAACUUUUGCUCUCGCCACACCCCCUUUAGACAGUAGUACCUUUGAUUUAGAUUAUUUGUCAUGUCUGUUUUGUACAGGAAUGUGUGUGUGUCUGUAUGUGUGUGUGUGUGUGCAGUCCCAGUGAGAGACAAAAAAGGGUGUGAGAAAGUUUUGGAAAGAGGUUAAAUGUAAGUGAAGUGUUUAUAAGUAAAAAUCUAAUUCAUAAAUGUACAAAAACAUCUACACAGUAUUAUAUGUAAAGCCACAAUUGAUGCCUGGUUCCAAAUUGACCCGUGAACAAUUUUUUGUUUUAUUUUUUUUAAAUGGUUACAUCUCUUAAACAAUUUUAUAAAAAAAAAAAAUAGAUUUUUUUAAUGUGUAUUUUGAUAGUCUUGACAAAGUCACAAAGUUUGGUUCCCGU